GAUUUGUGUGGUAGUAGUUGAGAAGGACUACUACAUCUACAUCCUUUAUAUUUUGCCUCUAUCUUUCAUUUCAUUUAUUCCACUCCAAACAUGGACACACUUGUUUUCUUCAUUGGAGUCAUAGGGAAUGUGAUCUCGGUUCUUAUGUUUCUUUCUCCGGGGAAGACUUUUGUUCGAAUAGUGAAGAAGAAGUCGACGGAGGAAUUCGAGAGCUUUCCUUACGUAUGCACCCUCCUCAAUUCUUCCCUUUGGACUUACUACGGCAUCAUCAAGCCCGGGAGCUACCUCGUUGCCACUGUCAACGGCUUUGGAGUUGUGGUGGAGAUCGUAUACGUUGCUUUGUUCCUUAUCUUCGCUCCCCCUAACAAAAGGGUUAGGACAGCAAUAGUUGUGGGAAUAUUGAAUGUAGGGUUUCUAGCAGCAACUUUGUUAGCUACUUAUUUUCUUUUGGAAAUAGAUCUAAGGAUUGAUGCUAUUGGAUUCAUAAGCUCAGGCCUUAACAUCCUCAUGUAUGCUUCUCCUCUUUCUGCCAUGAAAACAGUGGUGACCACAAAGAGUGCGGAGUAUAUGCCGUUUCUUCUCUCAUUUUUCCUUUUUCUAAAUGGUGGAGUUUGGACUUUUUAUGCUAUACUUGUGGAUGACUGGUUUCUUGGAGUUCCAAAUUCAAUAGGAUUUGCGUUAGGAGCUCUGCAGCUGCUGCUCUAUGCCAUUUAUAGAAAUCCUAAAAAUUCAGAUAGCUCUCCACCCGAAUUUGAUACCAAUCAAAUUUCACAAACAGAGCCACUUCUGCCAAACUGUUGAUCUCUACCUUUUAUUUCUAAGUGAUUAUUAUUAUUUUUAUUAAAAAAAAGAUGCAAGAGAGUAGAAGAAUAGAUGUGAGUGCCCUUUUUACAUUCUAGUAUAUUUUGUAUUGAUUUAUGAUGUGUGUACUGGGUUUGUCAAAAAGACAUAUUCUUAUAAUUUGAUAAAAGAAAUUUUAUUUUA